AUUAUUAUUGGUUUUUCCCAACACGAUUAAUUAUUUGACUCUGUCUGCACACACGAGUCACUUGUUAUUUGUAGGAAAAUGGUGUACGAACUGUGAGGUUGUCUGUUAGUAAAAUAAUAAUAAUUUUAUCAGAACGCAAUAAAAAUGAUGCGUGCUCUAGUGAUUGUGUUAUUAUGUGUGCUCGUACCUUUGUGUAGUGGUCAAAAUGCGGUAAUUCCUGACAAAAAGAAUUUACAUCUGGGACUAUCUGAAAGAAUAGGUAAUUUUUCAGUUGAACUAUUGUACUACACUUCCGCAGCACAAGAACGAGGUACAAAUUUAAUUAUAUCUCCUAUAACUGUCUGGACAGUACUCGCUGUGAUUGCUGAAGGUGCAACUGUGAACACACUGAAUGAAAUAUGCAAGGCCAUACGAAUUGUACCCAAAACCAGACAAUUAGUUCGUAAUAAUUUCCAAAACAUCCAACAGUUUCUAGAGGUGAAGACGAAAACUGUUGAAUUGCAGAAAUUGAAUUCGAUGUUUGUCGACCAGUCAAAUCGGCCUGAAUCGGAUUUUAUCGAAAUAGCCAAACAAUAUGAUACAUCCUUGAUCGCUCUUAACUUCUCUGAUCCCGAUCACACAACUAACACAAUUAACGAUGUCAUAUCGAAUUUCACUCAUGGCAGGAUUUUGAAGCUAAUAGACAGCAAUGACCUAAGAGACAGUCACAUGGUCCUCUCAAGUGCUUUGUAUUUUAAAGGACAAUGGACUUUUCCUUUCAAUUCAUCUUUCACAAUGAAGAAGCCUUUUUAUAACAGUGCUGGUGAUGUAAUAGGUCAAGUGAACAUGAUGUACAAUAGAUAUACCUACCCAUUCGCAAAUAUAGAAGCUUUACAGGGCAGAGUAAUAGAGAUACAAUACGGAAGUGAGAAUCGUCUGUCCAUGUUAAUAAUGGUCCCAUAUCCAGGUGUAUCACUUCCAGACAUGUUCUUUAAUUUCAAUAACAUCUCCCUUGACUUAGUGUUUGCGGAAUUGAAGAUAGCAAGAGAGGAGUAUGCAGAUGACGAGGUAGAUGCAUUUAUCCCGAGGUUUAAAAUUGAAACAAGCAUUGAUUUGACGGAAUCUCUUAAGGAAAUGGGUAUUCGUGAUAUGUUUGAUGAAAUUAAGGCCAGGUUGCCUAAAAUUACUAGAGUGCCCACUUAUGUGAAGAAAGUGGUGCAUAAAGCUGAGAUUGAGGUUACUGAAGAAGGCACUACAGCAUCAGCAGCCACUGCUGCCGAAUUCAGCAAUCGUAUUGGAGUUCUGCGUUUUGAAGCAAAUCGACCAUUCUGUUAUUUAAUUGUGGAAAAGACCACUAAUACCAUUGCAUUUGGUGGGUUCUAUCAAGUACCAGAAUUAUUCUAACCUUUUAUGGAAUAAUUAUUUAUAAGAUCUGGUCAUUAUGUGAUUACUAUGAUCUGGUUGUCCUAAGUCCUAACCUAGAUUGCCUAGAUUAAGUAUUCUUAGAUGUAUUUAAGUGGUUACUCAAUUUUUGUGAAACUAUGUAAAACAAUUUUUCCCUAAUUUAUCAAAGAGAAUGGUACAAUAAUUUUCAAAUCUGAAUUCAUGGAAUUAAUUUUUAUCUGUACAAUAAUAUCUUAUAAAACAAAUUGUAGAGUUUUGAUAAAAAUAACUUAGCAAUAAUAUUUUAGCAUAAAUAUUAUAUUACAAAUAGACCAUGCUAUGUGAUAAUGAUAUUUCUUUAUUCCAUUUGAUAAAUGUUAAAUUAUAAUACACAAAUGACACAAUACGUUAGUUAAUAUGUUAGAAGCAGUCCGCCCUAGGUGUUUUAUUUCCAUAAAACGUCCAUCUUGUGCCUUAACAAAAACUUAAAAAAAAAUUCGCCGAACUGAGUCGAGUCGUUUUCGAGUUUUACGCUUAGCAGCAAAUUGGCGAUUCUUUUUUCUUUACAUAGAUGAGUGAUCGUUCUAUUUAUACCAGCCAAUGUCAAUCAAUUAUUUCAGAAUUUAUUUUUUAUUAGUAUGUAACAGAAUACUCGCAUCUCAAGGGUUAUUUCAAAAUCUUUUUUUUUUUUACUUUCAUAACAUAAAUAAUACAUAAUUUUAAACAUUAUUUAAUAUUUUUAUUUUUACAUGUCAUCUGUUGCUGACUCAAUGCAUUGAAGCUUUGUAUUUUUUUAAUUAUUUUCUUAUUAUGAAGUGAUUUACAAAUUAUUAAUUAAUUUGACUCAGAAACUGAUACACAUGAGCUGUCCUAUAUCCUUUCUCGGGUCUCGCAACUAUCUCUGUCGAAAAUUUUAUACAAAUCGUUUCAAUGGUUUAGGCACGAAAAAGACAUAUCAUUAGGUAGAGAUUAACGUUUGGUUAGUAUUUUUCUGACAAACAAAAAGAUAGGCAGAUAAAUUAAAAAAUAAUAUAAAUUUAGUUGUUUAAGAAUACAGAAAAAUGUAAAUUUAGUUGGUUUAGAAUCCUGUAAUGGACUCAAUAAAAUGGA